AUGGAGGAUCGGUUCUCCGCUAUCACCAAUCUUCAUGGAGAUCAUAAACAGGCAAUAUUUGGAGUCUAUGUUGGUCAUGGAGGAGUUAAAGCGGCUGAGUUUGCAGCUAAGAACUUAGAUAAGAACAUUGUAGAAGAAGUAGUUGACGCAACGUUUCUUAAGGAGGAAGGUUUUAAGGGUGGUUCAUCCUGUGUCACGGCUUUGGUUAGCGAAGGGAGCCUUGUUGUGUCAAACGCCGGUGACUGUCGUGCUGUUAUGAGUGUAGGAGAGAUGAUGAACGGAAAAGAAUUGAAACCACGGGAGGAUAUGUUGAUACGUUUCACGUUGUGGAGAAUCCAGGGAUCCUUAGUUGUGCCAAGAGGAAUCGGAGAUGCUCAACUUAAGAAAUGGGUUAUAGCUGAACCAGAGACAAAGAUCUCGAGAGUUGAGCAUGACCAUGAGUUCUUAAUCUUGGCAUCACAUGGUUUAUGGGAUAAGGUAAGUAACCAAGAAGCAGUAGACAUUGCUCGUCCCUUCUGCUUACGAACCGAGAAGCCAUUGUUGUUAGCAGCUUGUAAGAAGCUUGUUGAUCUCUCGGCUUCACGAGGCUCGUUUGAUGAUAUCAGUGUGAUGUUGAUCCCAUUGCGCCAGUUCGUAUAGAAAAGAGAGGCAUCUUAGAAGAUUUUAGAUAUAUGACAUUAGAAUUUCUAUGAUUUAGUCCUUUUGUUUUACUUAAUUCACUCAUUCCAAGGUUUUUUCGAGUCAUUUUCAAGGUUUCAUCCUCAAAGGCGAAUUCAAUAGAAAGGGACAUUGCUAUAAGUGUGACAAG